AUGUCUGAAUCAUCUAAAUCUAAGUCAUCUCUGAAUUUGAAUCCUUCUCCGACGCUACAGUGCAAAGAUCUCCAUGAAUACCUGAAAAGUCGUUCCCCGCACUUUUUAGAAACUUUAUACAAUUAUCCCACGAUUUGUCUGGCUGUUUACAGAGAACUACCGGAGUUGGCUCGGCACUUCGUAAUUAGACUUCUGUUUGUGGAACAACCCGUCCCGCAGGCCGUGGUUGCCUCUUGGGUGUCACAGGCAUAUGCCAAAGAACAGCACAAAGCAUGCGAAGCCCUCUCAGAAUUAUCAGUGUGGCAGGAAGCGCCAAUACCUGGUGGUCUGCCGGGAUGGAUGUUGGCACAAUCCUUCAAGAAAAAUCUUAAGGUUGCAUUACUUGGAGGUGGUCGACCAUGGAGUAUGUCAUCGUCACUGGAGCCGGAUGGCAAGGCGCGCGACAUAGCUUUUCUCGACGCGUAUGCACUAGAGCGCUGGGAGUGCGUGUUACACUACAUGGUGGGCAGCGCCCAGACUGAGGGCAUCAGUGCUGAUGCUGUAAGAAUCCUGCUGCAUGCUGGGCUCAUGACCAGAGAUGCGGAGGAUGGCUCCGCUGUGAUUACUCGUGCAGGUUUCCAGUUUCUCCUUCUAAGUACUGCUAAACAAGUGUGGCUGUUCCUGCAACAUUAUCUGCACACAGCGGAGAAGCGUAGCCUGAGCGCCGCGGAGUGCCUAGCCUUUUUGUAUCAACUCAGCUUCAGCACUUUGGGGAAGGAUUACAGCACGGAAGGGAUGAGCAACAACAUGCUGGUUUUCCUGCAGCACCUGAGGGAGUUCGGCCUGGUGUACCAGAGGAAGCGCAAGGCCGGCCGCUUCUACCCCACGCGGCUGGCGCUGAACAUCGCGUCGCGCGGCGCGGAGGCGCUGCCCGCGGCGCCGGCGCAGGCGCAGGCGCAGGCCGGCUACGUCGUGGUGGAGACCAACUACCGCGUGUACGCCUACACGCAGACCAACCUGCAGGUGGCCCUGCUGGGGCUGUUCUGCGAGCUCAUGUACAGGUUCCCCAACCUGGUGGUGGGCGUGGUGACGCGCGAGUCGGUGCGCCAGGCGCUGCGCGGGGGCAUCACGGCGCAGCAGAUCGUGCACUACCUGGAGCAGCACUCGCACCCGCAGAUGUUGAAGUCGGAGACGGGCGGCAUCCGCACGUCGUCGGUGCUGCCGCCCACCGUGGUGGACCAGAUCAAGCUGUGGGAGAGCGAGAGGAACCGCUUCACGUACACCGAGGGCGUCGUGUACAACCAGUUCCUGUCGCAGGCGGACUUCACGGCGCUGCGGGACUACGCGCGGGCGCAGCGCGUGCUGACGUGGCAGAGCGAGCGCGCGCGCACCAUGGUGGUGACGCGCCACGGCCACGACGACGUCAAGCGCUUCUGGAAGCGCUACUCCAAGGCCUCCUAGCCGGCCGGGCCGCCUCUGCCUCUGCCUCUGGCCGGCCGGGCCGCCUCUGCCUCUGCCUCUGGCCGGAGGCCGCUCGGACGGCGCACACCCUGGACUCCAUCCGGGCCGAGCCGUACCCGCAGCGGUGCGGUGGACUGUAGUGUUCUAGGAAUUGACGUGGGAGGCUGUUGAUUAACGAGACUGUACAUAAGCAAUUUAAAUAAAUACUUAGUUUCUAAGCGGUACUGAACCUCACGGACAACUUAUUCAAUCUUAUUCACUUGAGACCUGGUCACAACACUACAUUAGCUGCAUCCCACAACAUUAGCAGUCGACAAUUAUGAUGCAGUCAGUGUCGUAUUGUGCAUUAAAACUGAAUAAUACGUAUAUACGUAUCAAACAACCAUACAAAUUACCUAUUCUCAAUUCCCUAUACUACGACUACCAGAGCAACGAAAUUAUUAGGGAACUAGAAAUAAACCAAUUUAGAAAAAUUUAUCCACCGGAAUCAAACCCAAAACCUCACCAACUCACUACCAGAGACAGAACAAUAAAUACAGUAGAAGUGCUUAGUUUGCGUGACACGUGUGCCAACAGUACACAGUGUUUCACAUACUAGAGCUCAGUUCGCCAUUUUCCCUUUGUAAAGUACAAAUCAAUGUCAAUUAUCACGCGAGAAACCUCGAAAACCAUGGCAAAAUUUUCAUACUUGCGAAACUGAUAAUCGCACCUGUAAUAUGGUGGUGUUCCAUAUCAUCGUUAAGUCUUAUUUUGCAUAAUUUUUCCUUUUUCUGUUUAUCGUAGUAGAUUUUAUGUUAUAAGAAACUAAAGUAAACCUUAUAUCGUUGCAAAAUGGUGGAUUUUUUAGAACUAUAAUAGGCGUAAAUCGUUCCGUCAUCUUUCAGCUAUUGCCGCUAGAUGGCUGCACAUUAAAUGAAAUUUCAAUGUAAAAAGAAAACGUAACGCAAUAAUAGGUAUUGAAUUUUCAAUGAUAUUUCAAUUAGGUAAUUUUUCAAUUAUAUUAACAGUCCAGACUUGUUACAUCUUUUUCUAUUCUUGUUACAACACGACACAGGCGUGACCGAGUGUGGUUAUCAGAGUUUAUCACAUAGAUGUACCUUAAUCUGAUAGUUUUUUUUCUUUCUUUUUUUUUAAUUAAAAAUUAGGACCAAUCAUUAUCAAGAUUUCAUAGUGGUUAACACGUUUGUGUGAGUUUUGGCGACAAAGGUUCUGAUAGUAAUCGAGGCUCGUGGCCCUUCCAUUGUUUUUUUCUUCUGUGUGCAGAGGCCGGAUACUUUUUAUUUUUAAAAACCACCCAACACGAGAAACUGCAUCAAACUGAAAGCCUGAGAAUCGGCCUUUUCUAAAACGGUACUGGUUCGUAUGUUCUGUGUAGUAUCACAGAGUUGAUGAUUAAUGCAGUUUUAUGCCACGUUAUUAUUUCGGUCAUCUAUUUUAAAAUCUCCCUUCUCCCGUGACCUAUGUAAGAUGACCUUUGAAUUAUUUAAUGCAAGAGGCAGUGUUCCUUGGCGCAGUCGGACGGGAUCAGGGACUCCAGUAAGUUCUAGAACCGCCGAAUGACACGUGCAAUAAAAUACAAUUGUUAUUAUUUUCACUUUCAUCUUUGUAAGGCAAUCAAUGAAAGAAAGAAAGUAAGUCAAUGAACCAGAAAUGUUCUCCACGAGAUUGUGGAGAACAUCGCCUUACUACACCAUAU